AGCCUAAAUCUCUAUCAGAGCCUGAAUCUCUAUUAGAGCCUGAAUCUCUAUUAGAGCCUAUAUCCUCAUUAGAAUUAAGUAAUUUGCUUUUUCAGCAUAGCCAGAAUUAUGUCUCUCUUAAGGUAUUUAAAUGUGUUGCCAAUCAGUAUGUGGAAACAAUAUCGUCUAUGAAUCAUGAAAUACCAGCUUAUAUUAAAGAAGAAAUUUUUACUUUGAGAAAAGCAGAAAUUGUGAUACCACAAAUUCAAUUAUUUCUUGCAGUAAAAUAUAGACCAGCCAUGAAGAUGUGG